GUGAGAGAGCGGCUGCGAGUGGCACUUGAGCGGUGCAGUUUGUUAGAGGAAGAACUCGGAGCCACACACAAGGAGCUAAUGAUUCUUAAAGAACAGAAUAACCAGAAAAAAACAGUAGCAGAGGGAGUGCCGGACGUGAACCACGAGCAAGAGGACGUGCCGCACACAAACGGAAAGAGGUCUUCGGACGGCUCUCUGAGCCACGAGGAGGACCUGGCGAAGGUGCUGGAGCUCCAGGAGGUCAUCGACAGGCAGUCGAGAGAGCAGAGCCAGAUGAAGGAGCGCCUGGCCGCCCUGUGCACCCACGUGGCCGAGCUGGAGGACGACCUGGACACGGCCAGGAAGGACCUCAUCAAGUCCGAGGAGACCAACACCAAGCUGCAGCGAGACGUCCGUGAAGCCAUGGCCCAAAAGGAAGACAUGGAAGAGAGAAUCACGACUCUGGAGAAGCGCUACCUCGCGGCGCAGCGUGAAGCCACAUCUGUGCACGACCUCAACGAUAAACUUGAAAAUGAGAUUGCAAAUAAAGAUUCCAUGCAUCGACAGACUGAGGAUAAAAACCGCCAGUUGCAGGAGCGCCUGGAGCUGGCGGAGCAGAAGCUGCAGCAGACGCUCAGGAAGGCAGAGACGCUGCCCGAGGUGGAGGCGGAGCUGGCCCAGCGCGUGGCAGCACUGUCCAAGUCUGCCCUCUUGUCUUCUGGGAGCUCUGCUGCUCAGGAAGCUAAGCUGCCCCACCUCACCUCCAGGCUCAGGAAGGCUGAAGAGAGACACGGCAACAUUGAAGAAAGGCUGCGGCAGAUGGAGGCGCAGCUGGAGGAGAAGAACCAGGAGCUGCAGCGGGCAAGGCAGAGAGAAAAAAUGAAUGAGGAACAUAAUAAGCGCUUAUCAGACACUGUGGACAAGCUGCUUUCAGAAUCUAACGAGAGACUUCAGCUUCAUCUUAAAGAGAGAAUGGCCGCUCUGGAAGACAAGAAUUCUCUAUUACGAGAAGUUGAAAACGCGAAAAAGCAGUUAGAAGAAACGCAACAUGAUAAGGAUCAGCUCGUGCUAAACAUCGAAGCCCUGAGGGCUGAGCUAGACCAGAUGAGGCUGCGAGGUGCUUCCCUUCAUCAUGGCCGACCCCACUUGGGCAGCGUCCCAGACUUCAGGUUUCCUGCGGCAGACGGUCACACGGACGCCUACAGCACCAGCUCUGUGCUGCGGCGCCCCCAGAAGGGCCGGCUGGCAGCGCUGCGGGAUGAGCCCUCCAAGGGUUGAUCCAAGAAGAGAAGGAGAACACGGAGCAGCGGGCAGAGGAGAUCGAGAGCCGAGUCGGCAGUGGCAGCUUAGACAAUCUUGGUCGUUUUAGAUCAAUGAGCUCCAUUCCCCCCUACCCUGCUUCCUCGCUGGCCGGCUCCUCCCCUCCAGGCAGCGGCCGCUCCACUCCAAGGAGGGUUCCUCACAGCCCCGCCCGGGAGGUGGACAGACUGGGCGUCAUGACUCUCCCUAGUGAUUUAAGGAAACACCGUAGAAAGCUGCCAGCCUCCCGAGAAGAGGUACGAGACGACAAGACGACCAUCAAAUGUGAAACCUCCCCCCCCUCUUCCCCACGGGCGCUCCGGCUGGACAGGCUGCACAAAGGGGCGCCGCACUCGGUCAGCCAGGAGGACGUCAGGGACAUGCGGAACUCCACAGGCUCCCAGGACGGCCCCGCGAGCAAUCCCAGCAGCAGCAACAGCAGCCAGGACUCGCUGCACAAAGCCCCGAAGAAGAAGGGCAUCAAGUCCUCCAUCGGCCGCUUGUUUGGCAAGAGAGAGAAGGGCCGGCCUGGACAGACUGGCAAGGACGCUUUAGGGCAAGCCGGUGUUUCGGAGGCAGACGGCUCGUCCCCAGAUGCCAUGGGCCUGAGCAAACUGGGCGGACAGGCUGAAAAAAGCCGCAAGCUCCAGAAGAAGCAUGAGUUGCUCGAGGAAGCCCGGAGACAGGGUUUACCGUUUGCACAGUGGGACGGGCCGACGGUGGUGGUCUGGCUGGAGCUCUGGGUCGGGAUGCCAGCCUGGUACGUGGCUGCGUGCCGAGCAAACGUGAAAAGCGGGGCCAUCAUGUCAGCACUGUCUGACACGGAGAUCCAGCGGGAGAUCGGCAUCAGCAACCCGCUGCACCGGCUGAAGCUGCGGCUGGCCAUCCAGGAGAUCAUGUCACUCACCAGCCCGUCCGCCCCGCCCACGUCCAGAACGACCACAGGAAAUGUCUGGUUAACACACGAAGAGAUGGAAACACUCGCAGCCACGCCGCAAACGGAGGAUGAGGAGGGGAGCUGGGCUCAGACGCUUGCGUACGGGGACAUGAACCACGAGUGGAUCGGCAACGAGUGGCUGCCCAGCCUGGGCCUUCCCCAGUACCGCAGCUACUUCAUGGAGUGCCUCGUGGACGCCCGGAUGCUGGACCACUUGACCAAGAAGGACCUCCGCGGGCAGCUGAAGAUGGUCGACAGCUUUCACAGGAACAGCUUCCAGUGUGGAAUCAUGUGCCUGCGAAGGUUGAAUUACGACCGCAAAGAGCUGGAGAGGAAGCGGGAGGAAAGCCAGCACGAAGUGAAAGACGUGCUUGUGUGGAGCAACGACCGCGUCAUGCGCUGGAUCCUGUCCAUCGGCCUGAAAGAGUACGCCAACAACCUUGUCGAGAGCGGCGUGCACGGCGCGCUGCUGGCCCUGGACGAGACCUUCGACUUCAGCGCGCUGGCCCUGUUGCUGCAGAUCCCGACCCAGAAUACACAGGCCCGAGCUGUCUUGGAAAGAGAAUUUAACAACCUUCUGGUCAUGGGGACUGACCGGCGGUUUGAUGAAGACGAUGACAAGAGCUUUAGGAGAGCGCCUUCCUGGAGGAAAAAGUUUAGACCAAAGGACAUUCGCGGCCUGGCUGCUGGGUCAGCAGAGACGCUGCCUGCAAACUUCCGUGUGACUUCCUCCAUGUCUUCACCCUCUGUGCAGCCCAAGAAGAUGCAGAUGGACGGCAGCUCAUCGGGAGCGCAGAGGCUGGACUCGGCCGCAGUCAGGACUUACUCCUGCUGAAGCCUCCUGUGUGUACCCGCACUACUUCUACAGAUGAUUCUGCAGCGCUGGGGACCCAGCAGACGCGCCGCCUUGGACUCCCGUGGAAUCUUUAACCUGUUGAUACUUGUUACAUGGACCCUGAGAUAUUUUAUUACAGAGUUUUUAAUUAGUGAAAAAUUCAUGAAUACCAUAGAGAAAAUAUUUUAGAAUUUAAUGUUUCUUAUAUUUAUGUAAACUUAUGGCCUUCAUUUAUAUAGUUCCCUUUUUCAUGUAUAUCCAGGCUAUAAAUAUCCUGUGAAAUCAAUUCAUGUUCUUAUACCUAAUGUUGGUCUUUGAAAUGAAUGUACUGUAAUGCUUGUAUGUAUAAAUCCUAUGAACAAAUAUAGGGCUUUUGUAAAUUAUGCAUUAUUGUAAUUAUCACUGUUUGAUCUGGGGAUGAGAAACCACGACAGAGAAGGGGAUUUUACUACGUCUGUAAAGUCACGACAGAGCAGUGUGCGUCCUUUACCUCGCUCUACAACAAUCAUUUGGAAACAAGCAGAUUUAAUGUCCAGCGAUUAUUGUCAUAUUUUAAAGACUGACCUUAACUGUACUUUUUUUCUAGCAAGCAAUGCUUUAUUCUGCAGCCUGAGCAGAUUUAAAAUCUCUGGUGUUCAGUGUCAGCUUCUAAAAGUCGGGGCUGGAAGGGCCUGCAGAGCGCUGCGGAGAGCUCUCCGCACCGGGGACCCUUCCAGCCCUGAGCCGGGAGCCACACUCAUGAGCCAGGAGCAGGGGUGGGGGGCGGUGGGAGCCGCCCACACAGCUGCUCACCGAGGACCAAUCACCACGCAGUGUGCUCUCAUCUCGGACACAUGUGGUGCAAUCUAAUAAAGGCCUUACCGUUCUUACGCAAA